CAACAUUCAAUCUCAGAACACCUAUAACAGGUAUUUUGUCCAGAUCUGAAAUGUCAUUUUGAAAUGCUAGAUACAGAAAAAGGAAAUCAAACAGGAAUUACAGAAUUCAUCCUUCUGGGUUUUGGGACUUCCCCUAAGAUGGAGCCUCUUCUUUUCUGUUUCUUCUUGGUGAUUUAUUUGACAACAAUAACAGGAAAUCUUCUCAUCUUUCUGCUAGUUGUGACUGACCAGCAUCUUCAUACCCCAAUGUACUUCUUCCUAGCAAAUUUGUCUUUUCUGGAUACUUGCUAUAGCUCUACUUUGCUGCCUAAAAUGCUGGUAAACUUGCUAAGAGUUAAGAAAACAAUAACUCUGAGUGGAUGUCUAGCCCAAUUUCAUUUCUUCUGUCUUUGUGCAGGUGUAGAAACUUAUCUUUUGGCUGCUAUGUCUUAUGAUCGCUAUUUGGCAAUUUGUAGACCUUUGCUCUAUGCUUCUAUUAUGAAUAGGAAGUUCUGUUUCCUACUAAUAGUUGGAACAUGGAUUAAUAGCAUGAUAGUUAAUAUUAUUCUAGUGGGUUUUGUGGCUCAAUUAUCCUUCUGUGGCCCUAAUGUCAUAGACCAUUACUUUUGUGAUUUCCAUCCACUGGAGAAAUUAUCCUGUUCUGACACAAAUCUCCUUGAUCUUGUCCUUCUUUUCAUAAGCAUUAGUUUUGCAAUUGUUCCCUUUCUGUUGACCUUCCUCUCUUAUAUUUGGAUUAUUGGCACUAUCAUAAAAAUCAAAUCCAACACUGGAAGGCAAAAAGCCUUUUCAACUUGUUCUUCUCAUCUCGUCGUAGUUUGCCUCUUUUAUGGCACAUUAAUCAUUGUCUAUGUGUUGCCAGAUUAUCCCACCCUGAGAUACCUCAAUAAAGUCUUCUCUAUUUUCUAUACAAUGAUGACCUCUUUGGCAAACCCCCUAAUUUAUACUUUAAGAAACAAAGAAGUCCACAAAGCUCUCAGAUUACUUUAUGGUAAAAUUAUAAUUGUCAGUAGAAAUAAUUUGAAACUAUAAAUUUAUUUUUAAUUUUAUUGGCUAUUAUAUUUUGAAUUUAAGUGUGAAUUAGUAAGGUCAAUAAUUGGUCCCUAUUCUAUUUAGCUGUAAUGGCUGAAGUUUCUGAUUGAGAUCAUGAUGGUUAUAACCAGUGCUUUUUUUCUAAAAAAAAAAAAGGUGCCGGAACUCACACACGUUAUAUAACCCGCCUUGCCUACCCUAUAAGGUUCCAUCCAAAAAAGGUGCCGGAACUCUGUUCUGGGCAUUCUAUGAGAAAAAAAGCCUUGGUUAUAACACUGAACAGCAUCACUUCAUACCACUAGGUUAGAAAUGGCAUUAACUUCCAAAUCUCUUGUGAUGUUGAUACUGGUUAAUUGAUUGUAGAAAAUUGGAAUCUUUUAUGUAAAAUAUAGGUAUGUUGUUUUCAAAAUGAAACUCAAAACAAACUCAGAUAAUUUUUGAAAAACUCAGAUUUUUUGAAAAAAAUCUUUACUAAUUUAUAAAUUUUAAAUGAGAAAUUGAAUAAAAGUGUUGAUGAAUUUAUUACAAUUGUAAAUCAACCUAAAGAAGAUAUAUAAACACAGGCAACAGUAGCUAAAUCAGACAUGCAUUUGGAUGGACUGGAAGUUAAUCUGCUGAUAACAGAUUCUAAAGAGAAGAUUUGUUUGAAAACUGGAGAUUUAUUAGAGGGGCAUUAAUGAACUUUUUAAAAGUUUUAUUCAUUUAUAAUGUAAAAUGUGAAAAUACAAAAGCGAAUAGUAAGGGACAAUGGUAGAGAAAGGGAAAACAAAAGAGUGUGAAGAAAGGGAUAUUAAGAAACAAAAGGCAUUGACUUCCGACACUCUCUGUUGCAUAAAAUGCAGUUAGAGGAUGACUGUCAAGAAACAUUGGAUUAUAAUUGGAAAAAAUUGUUGAACAGCCAGUAUUAUGGAGAUAUUAUCAAUGAAGUCCUUCUUUUUUGAAGAAUGAGAAGCAGCUGUUUGGAAUAUUCCAUUCAUAAAUUCAAAGAAAAGCAAAGAUGAUAUACUGGGAGCUGUUUUUAUAAUAAUAAUAAUAAUAAUAAUAAUAAUAAUAAUGAUGAUGAUGAUGAUGAUGAUGAUGAUGAUGAUGAUGAUGAU